AUGGUCAAGUCUCCAACUGUCAGACCAAGCACACCAACCCAUGCCAAAACCCAUGCCAAGUGUGUUCCAUCAGCUUCUCCCCCUCAUGUUGCCAAAUGUGUAAGUACAGCUGGACCCUCAACUGCUGCUGAACCAAGCACAUCAACACGUUCCCCCCUCAUUGAUCUCAACAUGACUGUCAUCGACUUGAUGUCAUCAUCGCCCAUGAGAGCCUCAACAUCAACCACUUGUGUCCAGCACCAAUGCCCUAUCAAACAACAAUCAGCUGCUAUUAUUGAUAUUCCUUCAUCACCAAGUGAACACCUCUCAUGCAAACAUCACAAGUCACCACCCAUCAUUUGUCUCAACUUCGACUCCGACUCUGACUCCGAUGCAAAAAAUGAACCUGAUGCUGAUGGCAAUAUUGGGGGUCAGGUUAAAGUUGAUCCCAUGGAGCUCAGUGAUGAUGAGCUUGAUGAUACUGUCCCAGACAUAUUAUCCUGA